CGCUGGGGAGAGGACACUGUGAGGCGUAAGCGCUGGAGCGUUCAGUUUUUAAGGUGUAACUGUGUAGCAUUUGGAAUAAGUUGGCCGGCAGAGAGAGAGAUUCUUGUGAAAGGAGGGCUUUGCUUUUUUGGCUGAUUUCCCAAGAUUUGAGCAAACAGCGGGAUUCCAACAACUCCCAGCUUUUCGAAACUUCAAAAACGAAAAUGCUUCUGGGUUCUACAGGCCAAAGCAAUAGUGUGCUAGCAUCCCUACAGCUGCAAGGUCGAGCCAUGCAGCAAGCUCUCGAUAUGAAACACUUACUACCCUUUCGGCUGAACAACCCCUCUCCUGUUGGAUUAUUUCCCAACUUCAGCACAAUGGAUCCAGUCCAAAAGGCGGUAAUAAAUCACACGUUUGGCGUCACACUGCCACCUAAAAAGAAGCAAGUAAUCUCUUGCAAUGUCUGCCAUCUGAGAUUCAACUCUGAGAACCAGGCUGAGGCACACUACAAGGGUCACAAACACGCCCGAAAGCUCAAAGCUCUGGAAGCCUUGAAAAAUAAGCAGAAAGCUGCAGCAGCCAAGGAGGACGACAUGAUACAGGCAAUUCACAAUCCAGACGACACCAUGAGCGAUGCAGAGAAAACAGAGGAUUGUCCAACCACACCAACGGGUGAGAAAACAAAAGGUAGUUCUACCUCAAUGGUUCAUGUAUCAAAAGUAUUUCUGGUGGAAAAUGCUGGCACCAAGACAUCGGCCAUGUUUUCCUGCUCAGAAGCUACGAAUGGCAGGUCGGAACAUGACAUUGCAACGUCAGUAAUGCACACUGCAGAGAUCAUUCGAAGUGAGGGCACUGACAGUGUUAGCUCAGCCCCUGAAAGUGAGAAAGAAGGAGAGAAAAUGAAACAGCAGCUUUACUGUGCAGUUUGCAAAGUGACGGUGAACUCUGCAUCUCAGCUCGAGGCACACAACAAUGGGUCCAAGCAUAAGUCAAUGCUGCAGGGACAGAACAGUCACAGCAGAAGAAGCAGACUGAGACUCUUCCCACGGACUUUGUACAAAACCAAACGCAUCGGUAACAAAGGGAGCAUCGGUCUACAGAGCAAGGCUUUUCACUGUAAUAUCUGUGAGAUUUAUGUUAACUCUGAAACACAACUCAAACAGCAUAUGACUAGUAGAAGACAUAAGGAGAGACUUACAGGAAAACCAUCUAAGCCUAAAUACAGUCCUUAUACCAAGCUUCAACAGACUGCGGUGUUGGCGACAAAGAUGGCUUUUCAGAAGCACCUCACAAAACCAUUGGCAACUGGCUUCUUACCAAAUCCUCUAACAGCAGCUGCUGUCUGUGCAAUGCCAAACCUUGCUCUUCGACCGACUACACUCUUCCAGACACCAUUUCUCGGACCAGCCUUCUUCAGAGCCACUCCAGGUCCUCUGAGGGCAACACAUACACCAUUUCUGUUUGCACCAUAUUGACUUCAGGGUUCAAAUCAUCACAGACACUUUGGAAACUAAAAGGGAACUAUGCAGUCGUAAAUGUGAACAUUAUAAGUUAUGCAUGGCAGACUUCUGCCUCCUUGCUUCAACAUCUAUUGUCAGCAGUUUUAUACUGCAAAUAUAUUUAGAUGAACUUCAUAUUAAGAAAAUAUGGUUUCAGUUACAAAGACAAUUACAGAACUGAUUUAGAUGUGCGUAGAUUUCUGGUAGAACCAUGGGCUACCAGUCUAUUUUGCACAAUAUUUUUGUGAGUUCUUUAACAUGUGUCAGUUGCUAGUGAAGAUAUUGAGUGCGAGGGCAGUUUUUUUUAUACAGAAAUCGAAUCAAAAAUCUGAAAAAAAAAGAACACUUUGAAGAAAAACGAUUUUGAAGCCAAAACAGUUGAUGAGAAAUUGAAUAGCACAUCGCAGGACAUAUUGCUGUCCAAAGAAGGAAACGUGAAUGGAUAGCAGAAGAGUGGUCCUAGCUCAUUGCCUCAGUUGGAUAGAUAACAUGGAGAAAAUGAAAUGUCAGCCCCAUUUUAGUUAAGGGUGCCUAUUUGAUAUAAAGGUUCAGGAGGCAAUUUGAACUCAUUGCAAAGAAGUACAAAAUUGCAGCUGACUUUCCUGUACGCAGCCCUCAUUCAUCAGUCAUCAUUGUCCAUCAUACUGCGAGCUUCACAAAUGUCAAGCCAAUGAGGCUGGAAGUGGAUGGAUCUGAAAUGUUUCAAAGCAUUAGUCGAUUUGAUCCUAAUUGGGAUAAUGAGCACACUGUCUCUGUGUACAAGUUUAUUGCUAACUGCUUUCGAAGAUCUAAUAAGAAAAUACUGAUGGAAGACUGGAUCAGAAAAUCAUAUAUGUUCCAAUGAUUCAUAUUGAUAGGUUACCACCAUUUUUAAUAAAUUCUAUUUAAAGCAUCUUGAUAACAUUCAAAGCAAAUUAUUUGCU